AUGAGUGAUGUCGACACUGUCCCCUCGCUGCCGGCUACCCUGGACUCUAAACAGAACGGCUUCGCUGUCAAGGUGAACCACCCGCCUACCUUGGGACCGCCCUCUCCAAGGAGAACGUUCCUUCAGUCUGGUCCUCGGACCGAUGAUGUACCAUCCAAGGAGGUUGAUUCCGCUGCUGGAGACAGUGAUGGACCCCCAAGCCCCAAGGCUGAUUCGGAGGCGGAAACCAUAAUCCAGUCGGGUCGCGAGUCCCUGUCGCCGGAGAAGAGACGCAAAUUUAUCAAGCAUGAACCGAAACGACGAGAUGAUGACGAGAAUGACCGUGUGAGCGACAAGUUGGCCGCAAUAAACGAUGCGCAAGUGAGGAAGAACAACUCGUUGGGUGAUAAGCAUUAUGAUAGGAGCGACCGUGAAACACGACAUCCGAGCCCUCGUUGGAGGGAUGCUUCGCCGUCCAUAGUGAAGGUAGAGAAUCUUGAUGAUUCUCGAUCCAUCUCGAGCAGGUCAGAUAGUGUCACGGCACCCAGCAGGACGUCAAGAAAGCGCAGUUUUAGCGAAAGUAUCAAUGGUGAGUCGGACGUCGGUCGGCCUCGACAUCGCAAGGUAUCGCCACCUCUUCACAGCCGCGAGGAUUUCGACCUCAGCAAUAGGACUUCCCUUCCUCGACCCGCUUCCACCGAUCGAUCUGUUUCCCCAGUGCGCCAAACUCACAAGCGAACAGCUUCUGGCCCUCAGCUCUCCGGGAGCACUCUUCCUAGGAAGAGAAAAGCUCCUACGCCUCUGAUCACGGGUUUCCAAAGGCAAAGCUCCGAGGAUCGCCAGUCGGUAUCAUCAAAUAAUGGAUCUCCGUUACCAAGUGCUCAUAUACACAAGCUUGUUUCGGCCGAUGGGGCUUCAGCUUCUCCUGCUCGCCCAAUCAAUUACAAGAAACUGCGCGAUCAAAAUGGCAGAACCCGGCUGGCACGUGCCUGCGCCGCCCAGGAACUUGAAGCAGUGAUUGCAAGGCACGAGGAGCGUCCGGAAGAUCUGAAUGUUGCUGAUAAUGCGGGAAAUACGCCUUUGCAGAUUGCAUCUUUGGAGGGUUGCGCCCCCAUUGUCAAGUACCUGAUUGCGGCGGGUUGUGAGAUUGAAACCUGCAACAUUGACAAGGACACCCCAUUGAUUGACGCGGCAGAAAACGGUCACUUAGAUGUUGUCAAAAUCCUCCUCGAAGCUGGCGCCAACCCGCGUGUGGUUAAUUCACAAGGCAAUGAGCCAAGCGAUCUAGUCCCUGACGACUGUGACGAGAUUCGACAAGCUUUGGAAGAGGCAAAGGCUAAACCACGUCCCAAUCGACGAUCUGAGGAAACAACUGCACCAUCAGGACGCGAGUCAUCCUCACGGCGGAUCUCUGGCGCUAGUCCGCGAGAGUCUCCUCCAGUGAGUGGAGCACGGAGCCCUCCCUUGUUCGGAACGACGGCCAGCAAACGAAAGAGCGUAAGGAGCGAAGCCACGAGAAAUGACCUGUUGUGGACCAAGGCUACUCCCGAGAAUCUCCAAGCCUUUGCCGCGAAAGGGGACAUUGUCGGCGUCGCAAACAUUCUCAACGUGGGCCAGAAGGCUGAUACUGAGUCAAUGAUUGCUGCUGCCAAAGGCGGGCACGAUGAGGUUUUGUCUCUUCUGCUUGGUAUGGGAGAUGCGGAUCCUGAUCCAGCUCCUGUUCCGUCGCAGAAGCCCGGUCACAACACUCCGAUGCUAGCCGCUAUUGGUCGUGGAAAUCUAGCUGUGAUCAAGCUCUUUUUGGAUCAGCCUGGCUUCAACCCGGCCCGUCGACAUUAUGAUGGCCUGACUUACUUUGAAAUCUCUCGGAAGCGGCGAGCAGAUAAUUGGGAAGAAGAAUACGAUAUUCUCAAGGACGCUUAUGACAAAUACGUUAGGACCAAGAAACAACGAAAACCUGACCUCUCCUCGCCGCGUCGGCAGCGGGAAAAAGAGAGAGAGGGCAAACGCUCUGCACGCAAAGACUCACCAUCACCUGUCCCUCGAUCGAGAAAGGUUGCUGGCAGCCCUGGCCCUCGCGAUUUUUCUAAGGAUUCCGCCAUGCCAAAAGACAAGAAAGGAAUUGCCCAUCCUAGAGAUAAGUCUGCCUCUGGAGUUGCACGAUCAAAGUCCUCGCUUCACGACCUUGAUACCAAGGAACCGCCAAAGCAGAAGCCCAUGUCGGGCGAAGAUGUGAUCAAAAGGAGGCGUUUAAUCCCAGGACGACCACCCCACGAUCGAGAUCGGAAGGUGCCGAGCUUGCCUUCAUCUGAUUCGCUUUCAGGACGAGAAGACAGUGUAAAAUCUCGCGUUGAUCGGUCAUGCGAACCAGCGUCUAGAGCCUCGAUCCUAAAACGCGGACGUAGCAGUGCUAGUCCCGAACGACCUCGCUCUCGCGGGCCCGAGGCCGAGCGUCAUCGUGAUCUUCAGAAGAAGAAGAGGAGAGUUUUGUCUGAAGAAGGGGCGCCAAAUGUCACCAAUGGAGGACUGAAGAAGCCUCACCCACCUGCAAAUGAUGCUGUCAAGUCGCCCAACCAUGAAAAGAAUGGCAUCGUAUCCAAUGACUCCAGAAGAGAAGUUUCGCAGAACUCCGGUGCCGGGCCAAAAUCCGUGAAGGAAGAGCAAGGGAAGCAAGAGCCGCAGGAUCUCGCUGAUAUUCCUAUGGUGGAUGCAAAGGCGGUGGAGACGGACAAAGAAUCCGGUCAGGCAACGAAGCUUAAAUCAUCGCUUGACCACUCCGAACCUGACACGCAGAAUGUUGAACCACGCAACGCCACCCAUGAGUCUUCCGAACACAAACUGGCCGAGAAAAUGGAGCAAGAACGACUAGCCGAGGAAGCACGCGUAGCUGCCGAAGCAGAAAAGGUUCGAGCUGAGAAAGAAGAGGAGGAAGAGCGGGCAGCUCAAGCAGCACGCGCGGCGCAGGAGAAGGCGGCAGAAGAGGAACGCAAGCGAAAGGAGACCGAGCUACGACGAAUCAAGCAAGCAGAGGACGAGCGCCAGAAGCGACUGGACCAAGAAAGACAGCGACUUGCCAAGCUACGUCGGGAACAAGAAGAGCAUGAACAACGGCGUCGAGAUGCGCUCCCUAGCCGGCUGUGCAUCGCAGCUAACCUCGUUGGAGCCAACGAUACCCAAGCACGGAAUCACUCUUGGCUGAGGAAGUUCAUGCCGGUUGUUACAGCCGAAACCAAGCAGCUCGAUCCUAGUUGCAGCGCAGAGAUCGCUGGCGAGAGAUGGGUUCCGAAUUAUCUUGUUGCGCCAUUACUUGCCACCAACGACUUGCAGUUGUCCCAAUACGCUGCUUGGGAAAAGCGCGACGCCACUCCCCAGCAGCGAGUGAAUCUCUGGCGCGUUACACGGCGAAUGCUGGUCCAGGCAGAUGACACUGAGUUCUUGACAGCGUCAUUCGGGCAGAUCAUGCAGAAGGAUAGCGAAACCCGGAGCAAAUACUUCGACAUGGAGCAUGUCUUUUGGGUUAAGCUAUCGGACUUCAUGGACCUGGUUCCUCAUAUCCCGCACUUGCACGGGCUAGACAUUCGGUUCCUGAAGAUGCACAUCGACCAAGAAACCUCUCCAAAUCCUCCUUUUCCGCUGCCGCAAACGAAUGGCCACAUCAAUGGACCUUCGCAUGCCGGCACUCCCGGGCCUUUGCACGAGCAAGGCCUGACUAACGGCUACGGGCAAAGCCUGCCAAGUACAUACGUCUGA